AUGGCAAACUAUCCUGACGCUAAUUAUUUUGGCGGUGAUUAUGGUGUUAGCUAUUCUGGUGAUAAUUAUGCUGGUGAAUUCGAUUGGAAUAAUUCAUACUCCCAAAAUACACAGAUUAGUCCUGCCCCGAUAGACAGUUUUCAGGAAAUGGAGGCUGUUAUGCGGCAAAUUAAUGAGAACUGGGAGUUUAUGAAAUCCGAAAACUUUAACCCCGUAUCGCUUGCGUUGCAAUUACUGGAUGAUAGUUCGCUUGGGAAGGACUAUAGGGCGUUUCAACAAACAAAAUCAAGCCUUGACAGAGCACUUCAGUUUAUCGUUAAUGAUUAUUAUCACGGGUUCAAUAGUUCAAUUGGUACAUUUGGUGGUGUUAUGAAGAAUAUUGGAGAUUCUCAGGAAAGGGUAAAAGAGAUGAAAUUACAACUUAAAGCCUGUAAAGAGGCGUUGUCAUCAAAAAGAUCUGAUUUACUUCAAUUAUGGUUCCGAAGCCAACAAUAUAAAGAGAUGAUUCGCAUAUUAGAUUUAAUAGAGGAUUUCAAGGGUGCUCCUGAAAAAUUCGAAGGGUUAUUUAGAGAAAAACAUUUUUUAACAGCUUCAAAUUUACUUUUGGAAUCCACUCGAAUGUUAGAAAAAAAAGAAAUGAUUGGUAUUGGUGCGUUAUCUGACUUGCGACGAUAUUUCAAGGCGCAGCAAAGCGCCCUUCAUGAACAUUUGAUUGAGGAAUUACAUAAUCAUUUAUAUUUAAAGAGCUCAUACUGCGAUAGUCGAUGGGUUAAAUAUACAAAGGAUCAGAAAGAAUUGCCCUCGCCGCUAAUGGAAUGGAAUUCUGCAAGAGAUAGUCGUAAAAUGAAUUACGUUGGGAGCAAAAAAAAUAAGAAAAAUUUACACGUUAAUACUGGUCUUUCUGGGGGCAUUCUAAGCCCAAAGUCGCCGAAGCCUUUUAUUACUGUUAAAGAUGAAGAUGACGAGAUUAUUACCGAAAACCUAGAUAUCAAUCCGGAAACAGAUUCAUUUUAUUACAUGGAAAUUUUAGUAGAAUCUCUUGCAGCUUUAAAAAGAUUGCCUCAAGCACUUGAGACAAUUACUCAAAGAAUACCAAUUGAAUUAUACCAAUUAGUGGAUAAAACAGUUGCAGAAGUCGAAGAAAGGAAUGCUAACUCGUUUGCGGCGCUGACUACAAAGAAAUAUGACAUGACAGAGGUUUUUUCUCUUGACGCUCCUGAAAAUGAUGCGCAAUUAGAGGCGUUAAGAGAUCUGCUAUGGACUCUUUACUCAAAGCUAGAUGCUGUUUUGCAAGGGCAUAGAUUUAUUCUUGAUGUUAUUGAAAGAAUAAACAAGGUUCGUACGCUUCUACGUGACUAUAUCACAAAUGAUGAAAGAGAUUCAGCAUCCAUAGAUGCUCCAGACGCAUUACUUCAGGAUCUUAUGAAAGAGAAGAAACCUCGUGACUCUUCUAAACAAUUAUUUAAAUUUGGAGAUGCUGACCUGAAAUCAUACGCUGUCUUUGAUCAACAAUACGAAACAGAUAUUAAAACGGCACUUCAAAAAUUUCUUCCAGAGACGUUUUCCAAAACUCCAGAUGAAAGACAACUUUCUGUAUUUGUGGUAGAUCGAUUUGCAAAUACAAAUAUAACUGCUGGCCAUCGUCUUGUAGUUAAACCAGAUGCCUUUAAUGUUUCUGUUUUAUUCAAACCCACGUCAGCCUUUUUGGAGAAGGUCAAAACAAUGUUGCCUCCUGGUGAUCAUCGAUCAUCGGAAGAUUUCACUACUUUUCUUGAUGAUUUUGUCUCCAAUGUAUUUUUGCCUCAAAUUGGGGAUAAAAUUUUUGAAUUGUUUCAAAAAGCCACAUCUGAAGCUGAUGCCUUUCAGGAUGAUCCAAAUUAUAAGAGUUACACGACUCUUCCAGUGGUCAAGAGUACAGCAUCAUUGAUGAUAAUGGUUGAACGUCUAUGCGUCAUGCUUCAAACCAUGGCAAGUCAUAAGGAAGAAUUUAGCAAAAUGAUUAUUUCUUUACUUACGCGUUAUUAUGUAAAAUGUUUUGAACAAUAUCAAGCCAUUGUUGCAAAAAAUUCGGGCGAAGCAGAUUCAGAGGGUACCGGAAAUCACCAAGGAAUUAGUGCCACUUGGGUACAGCAAGAUCAAUUGGCUGAAAUUUUGGGUCAGUAUCCAUACCUUGAUGAUGAUACUGUUAAAAGCCGCCGAAAACGUAAAAUGCUAUGUGAUAAAAAGAAGCGAUAUAUUCGCUCCGGAGAAUUGAUAAUGGAAAACAAAAAGAUGACUGCUUUGGGAACUUUAUAUCACAGUUUGAAAUGGUUUGUUGCCAAAAUUUGGGAACUGCGUGGAAGAGGCAACCAACCUACUAAUUUACCAACAAAAAUGGAUGAUGCUGCAAAAAUGGAUGAUGGCAAAUUGGCAAAAAAAAAUCGAAGAUGGUCGCAAUAUGGUGAUAUUAAUCUUAACCAUGGACCAGAAGAUGAUGAAAAAAAGAACGAUGACAACCAAAAUACCGGUUUAUCACUGACAGACGAAAUGACAAACCGUUUUGAUGCCUUAUUAGCUACAUUUCAACAAUUGGCUGAACAAUGUUUAUUCACUUUGAGAGUUGAGCUUCGUUGUCACGUUAUGUAUUAUAUAGAUUUAGCAAUGCGUGAGGGCAACUAUCAACUUGACUAUGAAGCUUAUGAACCAGAUCCACAUGUUUUAAUAUUAAAUGCUGACAUGGUAAAAUUUGAAGAAAGCAUAUCUUCUAAUCUUCCAUUAAAAGAACACAGAUUCAUGUUUGAAGGUCUGGAUGCUCUUAUGGAACACGUCUUAGUUUCUAAUGCUACUUAUCUUAGGAAUUUGAAUAACAAUGGUAUUAUGAAAAUGUCACGUAAUGUCCUUGCAUUACAACAAAAUUUGAAAAAUAUCGUUGAUAUGCCUGUCGAAAUUUCCUUGAACAAGGCAAGACUGUACUAUGAAUUGUAUAAUUCCGGCCCAGCAAGCAUGCUAGCGCAAAUUAGAGAGCAAGGUGCUGUUUUCACAUUUGACGAGUACAAGACAAUGUUAGAAAUUAUGCAUAAGAUUGAUCCAUCAGAAGUGCAACAAUUAACACUGAAUAGAAGGGAUAGUCCAUCAGCAAAUAGAAAGUUAUAUAAUGAACAUGUUUUAGAAUUAAAUGAACUAAUGCUUGAUUAUCUUUAA